AUCGUCAGUUGAGGUCCAACUUUCUUCCGUGGAACCGGUGCAGUAGAGCCGCGGGAAUGAACUCCUACAGCUUCAAACACGAUGCUUCGCUGAUCGGACCGUGUGCGUGCGUGCAGUGAAUGGAAAACCGUGAAGUCGACGAAAAAAGAGGUUUGGCAGCCCUAUGGAGGUUAAGGUCGUUGCUACCAGUACAACAGUUGGAUCGUCGGAAUGAGAAGAUGUAGUUCCUAGCCUGAUCUCGUAGAUGAGGUGUUAAAAUGUUAAAGAAACGUGUGUGCCCUAAACAUGGAGGGCCGUCCUUACCAGUUUCUCAUAGAAGAUGAAAGUGACAGAAAGUGAACGACGUAAAACUCACUGGCCGGUUCAGUUGUGUAAAGCUGCAGUGAAUGCUUGUAAUAGUGUUUUUUACGAAAUCCGCACUAAAAAUUCCACCAAGUAAAAGCAGCUGCAUGUGCUCUCUUUUCUCUUUCCUCCUAUGCAUACUCACACACUCACGCUCACACAGGUGUAGCUUCGAUCGAAUUCAAUCAGCGAAAGUAAUUUCCCAACCCUUUGGAAAGCAUUCAGUAUUCUGACUUACGCAAGGGUCAGACAUAUUUGACGUAACGCAUGAUGAACAGUCUUGCUAAUGGAGGAUUGACUUCAUGCCUCUCUGGGCUGGUAGUGUGAUAAGGCAGUUUUCGUUUUUGGUAACGAUGACCAAAGCACUCCAAAGCUGUAGCUGAUUAAUUACCCUACACCGUCAGUACGAAAUUGGGAGCCGCUUUCGGUAACUUUCAGCAAACUGUGUCGCAGUUUACAAUUUCUCCUCACGUAGCCGUCACUGGACGAGUCUUUAAGGCCUCACUUUUUCUCGAUCCAGUUUAGGGAAGGGUACGGUACAUUGAAAAAGCCUAGGUUUCCAGACAUUCCGAAUCACGAUCGUUAAAUUUUCGGCAACAGUACGUGAUCGAUUAAGCAGUCUAUGCGCCGCAUAUUCUACGUUUUUACAAACUUUACCCGCGUACAGUGGGUACACUACAUUUCGCUAGUUGACAAAAAAUAAGCAAAAAAGUGGUGUGAUGUAAUAAGACAUAGGAAAACGAUUUCACAAGUUCUUUUAUCACUGUCAUUUCGGAAUCGAUCAUAGGACGUGCGGUUAUGCGUUGCGUUAGGAUUCAUACGCUUAAGGUUUCUCCAUAUCAUUUUCCUUACAUUGUGGAGGUGUUGGGUGGGUGCAUCAUCCAAGUCCAAACAAAACCCGUUAGCGCAUAAAAAUUAAAAAUGCGUACACCAAUCCGCAUCGAUUCAUGGUGCGUCUGUGGUCGUGACGUUAAUAGUGCGGUGGACGGUAAAGCGUGUGCAGCAAUACCUUCGACACGAUUGAUGCAGUAUGAUUGAUGACUAAUACUGAUUACAUAUUGAACAGUUUAAAUGAAACCAAUAGUGAGCGUUGUAGAAAGUUGCAGUAGAAAGCUGAUAAAAUGCAGAAAAUCCUUUGACAAUACGUGACCAGUAGUGAAAUAUUAGAUUAAAGUGAAACAAGUACACUUUGAAUUCAGUGACUCGUCUAUCAGUUUCGUCUCGCCGCAGUUGAGACUGAAAGCUCGUAUUACACAAAAUACAAAAACAAACUUUUUAGAGCACAACCAACGAGAACAGUUUCUUGUGGAGCACAACGAGUGAGAUCAGUGACCAGUGUCUCUAUAAUCGCACAAAAUGAGCGAGCUAGUCGGUGCCGCGUUCGGAUCGGUAGCCACGGCUGCCUCAAGCGUUGGCUGGUUUGUGCCGAUGCUGGUUGCCGCGAUUGCCUACUUUCAGUACGAAGAGUUCAUGGAUCCGGAGGCGCGCGUUAUCGAUGUGCCGACGGAGAUUAUGUUGGACAAGUACGAUUUUAUAAUUAUAGGCGCCGGAUCGGCAGGAGCCGUGCUGGCUAAUCGGUUGACCGAGGUGGAAAACUGGAAUGUGCUGCUGCUGGAGGCCGGCGGCGAUGAGACGGAAAUAUCCGAGGUACCACUGAUGGCGGGCUAUUUACAGCUGAGCAAGCUGGACUGGAAGUAUAAGUCGGAACCGUCGGGAACAUUUUGCUUAGCAAUGAACGGUGGAAGGUGUAACUGGCCCCGGGGAAAAGUGCUCGGCGGAUCCAGCGUACUCAACUACAUGCUUUAUCUGCGUGGAAACAAGAAAGAUUACGACAACUGGGAGGCCAUGGGCAAUACCGGCUGGGGGUACAAGGAUGCGCUGUACUACUUCAAAAAGUCGGAAGACAACACGAACCCUUAUCUGGCCAACACACCGUACCACUCGACGGGGGGAUAUCUGACGGUCGGAGAAGCACCGUACCAUACGCCACUAGCGGCCGCUUUCGUCGAAGCGGGCGUCGAGAUGGGCUAUGAAAAUCGGGACCUAAACGGUGCUAAGCAGACGGGAUUCAUGAUCGCGCAGGGAACGAUCCGUCGCGGGGGUCGGUGCAGCACUGGGAAAGCGUUCCUCAGACCAGCCCGGUUAAGGCCGAAUCUGCACGUGGCGAUGUUUGCUCACGUGACACGCGUGAUGAUCGAUCCGAUCAGCAAGAUUGCGUUCGGGGUGGAGUUUAUACGCGAUCGCAAGGUGCACCAUGUGCGCGCCUCGAAGGAGGUGAUCGUGUCGGGUGGAUCGGUAAAUUCGCCCCAGAUACUGAUGCUGUCGGGCAUCGGGCCGAAAAGCGAGCUGGCCAAGCAUCGAAUCCCGCUGAUCAAGGAUUUGCCGGUGGGUGAAAACCUGCAGGACCACAUCGGACUCGGUGGGCUGACGUUUAUGGUGAACCAGCCAGUGUCGAUUGUGGAGAACCGCUACCACUCGAUGUCGACCGUACUGCAGUACGCUGUGCUCGGGCAGGGACCACUGACCAUUCUCGGCGGGGUGGAAGGGCUGGCCUUCGUCAGUACGAAGUAUGUCAAUGCGACCGACGACUAUCCGGACAUAGAAUUUCACUUCGUGUCCGGCUCGACCAACUCAGACGGCGGCAACCAGCUGCGCAAGGCUCACGGUCUGACGGAAGCGUUCUACAAUACCGUUUUCAAACCGAUCAACAACAUGGACGCGUGGAGCAUCAUACCGAUGCUGUUGCGGCCGCACAGCGUUGGUACGAUCAAACUGCGCAGCAGCAAUCCGUUCGACUAUCCGUAUAUCUACCCGAACUAUCUGCACGACGACCGCGACAUGCGCACGCUGGUCGAGGGUGUAAAGAUUGCGUACGCACUGUCGCGAACGCAAACGAUGCAAAAGUACCAGUCGACGCUGAGCGCGUACAAGUUCCCCGGCUGUGCACACAUCCAGAUGUUCACCGAUCUGUACUGGGAGUGCAUGAUCCGGCACUACACGUGCACGAUCUACCAUCCCGUCGGCACCUGCAAGAUGGGGCCGUACUGGGACAAGCAGGCCGUUGUCGAUCCGCAGCUGCGCGUGUACGGUGUGCGCGGUCUGCGUGUCAUCGAUGCCAGCAUUAUGCCAAAGCUCGUCAGUGCCAACACCAACGCACCGGUCAUUAUGAUAGCAGAGAAGGGGGCCGACAUGAUAAAGGAUUUUUGGAUCAAACGUGGCGUUGCGUGAAAGGGCAAAUGGUCGUCGCACCGGUCGCUCUAUAUCAUCAGACCUUCUUUGUAAAAUAAAACAUUUUCCUCUCGAGCAAGCAAUGUGAUGAAUGAGGCCCAGUCUGUGGCUGCGUGAAUGUGUAAUGUAUGUGUGUGAGUUCGUGACUAUAAAGUAAGCGAUAACUAAUUUAUACACCAACCAGUAGUAAUAAUAAAGAUGAAAACACAUGUAAAAUUGA